GUCAUGGCCGCCUCUUGCACAUGCUCACUUGCAGAUGGUCUGAAUGUUUCUGCACCAGCUCGACCUCACCACCGCACUGCGCCCGUCGCUCCUGCCGGAGGAGACGCUGCUGUUUGUCCAGGAUGCCGUCGGGCUCUAUGAGGGCAAGUUCAAGAUACCUCAAUAUCAGAAUGGCCAGUCGUAUCUGACCUCGCACCGCGUCUGCUACGUCGACCACAAUGAGCCGCGCAAGAAUUCCGUCGCCAUCUUCCUCAAAGACGUCGAGAAACCAGACUUCUAUGCUGGCUUCCUCAAGUCUUCGCCCAAGGUCACCCUCUAUCCGAAGCCUUCAAAGCAACUAUCGCGUGGAGCUCCUGUAGCCCCAACACCGUCGGCCUCAUCUGCAACCCCCCCGCGACAUAGCAGCCCCGCGCCGCCACCCCCAACGAGCGCGACGUGGGUGUGCCCGAUAUGCUCCUUCUCCAACCCCGUGCCCUCAAACUUUGACCCCGCUCUCGCGUCUCGCACACCUAUACCGCCAUGCCUGGCUUGCGGGAUCAAGCCGCCGACGGUACAUGUCGUCAAGGCGGCUAUAGCGGCCAUGUCGAACCGACCAGCGCCUGGCCCGCCUCCAAAAGAUGUAAGGGAUGGAACUGCUCCACCUCCUUCUGCUCCUGCAGCAUCGUCAUCAUCAUGUCCCCGCUGUACCUACCAGAACCAUCCCUCUCUCCUUAAUUGCGAGAUAUGCGGCGCGUCCUUGACAACGGCCGUGGACAGGCGAUUCGACAUGCUUCAAGAACCAAGCAGAUCAGAGUCUCCAGGCCCGACGCUCUCGACACCACUGCAGUCCGAGACUAUCGAAUGCAUCAAGAUAUCGUUCCGUGCGGGCGGCGGGCCUAUAUUCUUUGAGCGCCUGAAGAAUGCCUUGGUACAACGCAAAUGGCUGCUUCAGAGCGCCCCACCAAUUCCCAAGCCACGACUGUCAUCCGGCACCAAUGAAAAUGGCUUUGCCGCCCAGUCUGAGGCUUCGUAUGCAGAAGUUGAGCGGCCGCGGGUCGUUGGCAUUGCGGGCUUGGAGCGACGCGGGCUGGAGCAAAGGCAAAACAACGAGGCCAUGAUAGGCAGCGCCUUUGAAGAUCUGGAGGCUUUGAUGACAUCUGCAAAGGAGAUUAUCGCCCUCGCAGAGCAAUUUGCAUCGCAGGCCAAUCUUGGUACUAACGGCAGCUCAGAGGCAAACGCACUAGCAUCUCAAUCUGCAUCUGCACUAGGUCUGAUAACGACAAAGGAUAUGCUUGGCUCUGGGUCAGGUUCCGAGUCGCUCUACGUGUCGGAGCUUUCGAGGAAUCUGGCUGAGUGGUUGACUGACGACACGCACGGUAUUCUGAGAAAAGAAGGUGGAAUCAUGACGCUCGUGGAUCUAUGGGCCGUCUUCAAUCGUGCAAGAGGUGGUGUUGAACUUGUCAGUCCCUCGGACUUUGAAAAGGCAGCCCGUAUGUGGGAUACGUUGAAAUUGCCGGUACGCCUGCGGAAGUUCAAGAGCGGUCUUCUCGUAGUACAAGGUCGCGAUCGUACCGACGAGAAGACGAUUGCUAGUCUUUUGGCCUGGCUCAAGAGUCUCCAUCAAGAACCACCCAGCACCGAAGUCGCGUGGGAUUGGCAAACGUUUGGCCGGGGCGUAACCGUGCAAGAGACGGCCGAAAGAUUUGGCUGGAGCGUUGGUGUAGCAACCGAGGAGCUAGAAAUGGCCGAAGAAGCAGGGGCACUCUGCCGAGAACAGGGCAUUGACGGCUUCAGGUUCUGGGAAAACUGGCUGGUCAAGAUGCCUGAGAAUGCUAGUAUGACCGUGUAGAAAAGACCAGGCGAAACUGCGAGUUGCAUUUUGUUUUGCUGAUUAGCAUUGUCGCAAUCAAGUAAAUGUUAU